AUGGACGGCUGCCCUGAUGAGGUGCUCAUCAAAAUCUGUGCUUGGUUGGACUUUCAGAGUGUUGCCAGUGUGCGACUGGUCAACAAGCGCUUGGCCGAGGUCGGAGCCGAAGCCUUGGUAAAGAGAGUGCGCUUUCACUGCACCCAGGACUCCCUCAAACGUCUGCAUGCCAUUUCUCAGCAUGAUGUCUUCUCCAAAUAUGUCGACACCAUCGUCUUCGAAGGCAAUCUUCUAGCCAGCGUCCCCUGUAUUCAUACCUACCAAGCCCACUACGAGCUCGACCACCACCAGGGCGAGAGACCGCAACCACCUCCCAAACAUGCAACUCCUCGCGAGCAGAGACUCUACGAGCGAAACAUAGCCAAGUUCAACCGUGAAAUUGAGAAAAAGUACGACCGCUAUCUGGAUCUCUAUGACAAACAACAGAAAGUCCUCAAGUCCGCUGCUUAUGCCGACUUUAUUUCGGCGAGCAUGCCCUCUUUCCCAAGACUGAACAAGCUUGUCCUUUCUACUGUUGGCCGCUGCAAGCAUGUUCUUUCCGGAAGAUUCCUCGAGUCAUUUACCGCCGACUGUGCUAUGCCGAUCGAACAAGAUACCAGUUUCACCAAAGACCAGCUGAAACAUCUGCUCUUUCCACAAGGUCGACCACUUACCCAGAUCAGCAUGUUGGAAGUCCAUGUCAUGAGCCCAAAAUUCUUCACCGGCUUCGUUCCGGCUGACUUGAUUUGUCGCGCCUUCCAGAACCUCAAAGUCAUUGAUCUGAACUUCCGUUUGGAGAAAGAUGAUAGAAUCGGCUUGGACAUUAUGACUGCGGACCGUUGCUAUGCAGACCUGGCCAAGGGAUGUCUCCGAGAUGCGCUCGCCGUAGCGCGAGACUUGGAACAGUUGACGAUCAACUUCGACGACUAUGGCUACUAUGGGGCGGUCACGAGCUUGGAAAACAUUCUGGGUUCAAACGCGUGGCCACGCCUCAGCAUGCUGAAUCUAGACUGCAUGUCGACCACUGAGGACUAUUUCUUGAGCAUGCUGAAACGCCAACCAUCUCUGUAUGAUUUGCGGCUGGGCUUCAUGACUCUCGAGCAAGGUCGCUGGCCAAAUGCCACGAAGCGGAUGCGGAAGCAUCUGGACUUGAUCAACUUCAUGGCGAGUGGUAUUCUCGAGGAUCCGGACCAGAUGUUCCCAAUGCAUCUUCUUGAUACUGAGGCCUACGUCGAAGAGCACCAUCAUUUCACCUUGGCCGACGCUCUCGGACUCUACGUCACGGACGAAUUUGGUAUCCCCGAGGAGGAGGAAUACCAUCCAUUACUCGACGACGAUUUCACCGACGAAGAAACCUUACGGGAGGAAUACGGACCAUUCGCGGAUGACGAGGACUUUUCGGACAUGGACUGCAGUGACUAG